CRGCUUCUCAGGUCUACCAGCAGUUUGAAUUUGAGGUGAAGUUUAUUGUUACAGUUAGUUAAUAAUGUUGCUCACCAAUGUGCUCACUUCUGUGUGUACGUGUGACAUAAAGCAGGUGAAUUCCACCACUGGUGUGUCUCCCUGUGGAAUGUGGAUGGAAGACUUCCUCGUAGGAGCUGGGUGGAGUCUAAUGAUGAGGCCAGUUUCUUUCCUCACACGUCCAUCUGAGCACAGCAGACACCAGGACUGCCAGGACCAUUUCAAUCUCUCAUUCUUAUUUGAAAGUCUCUGCUGUCCAGAAUGCCUUACACCGAGUUGCUGCGGCUCUGGAAUGAAUCUGUGCAGGCAGUGGAUGCCAAAGACUGGGAAGGAGCUCUGGCAAAGCUCCAGCAGAUCCCGGAGCAGACGUCUCGCACACACUUCAACGCCGCCUCGGCCCACCUGGCUCUGGGACAGAUGGACAUGGCUCUCAGGUGUUUAGACCUCACCAUUGCCAAGGAUGAGCGGCUUGCUGUUGCCUUCUUCCAGAGAGCGGCCGUGAUGCUGCAGAUGGACAGGUUGGAGGAGGCUCUGUCAGACUGUAUCUGGGCGCAGGAGCACAUGAGAGGGAACGCCGUCAUUGACUACAGACAGCUGGGACUGAGAUACAAACUCUACUACUGGCAGGAUUUUUUACUUUUAUGCUGUAAUCUACAGGUGAUWUCUUCUAUGAUUCCUAAUGAUGAUUUCGGAGGCUUUGAACCUCUGAGGCAGCAGAAGCCUGGUUUCUAUGAGCCUAAGACAGAUGGUGUCCAGGAGUCCCGAUACAUGCGUGUGCGGGCUCCUUACAUGGCUCGGGGCCCAGGACAGCUGACCGUUCCCGGAGGCUCYGUGGUGUUUUUAUUUGGAGAGGAGGACAGAGAUGGAAUGAUCAAUGUCAUCCAUGAUGGACAGAGAGGACUGCUGCCAGUGUCGCUCCUUGAACCUGCAAAAGUCAAGAAAUCUAAGACGGAGAAUCACGUCCCCAGUGGGAUCCCCCUCCCUCCAGAACACAAGCCACCRAGUCGCCCAGAGACUCUGCCAAGAUCUAUGGUUCCUCCUCGAGUGAGUCCAUCCACAGAAACUCCACAUCCAUCCUACAACAAUGCCACCCACACACAGCCACCAGCCUCAGGGCCCCCCAGGUACACGGCCAACGCAGCAAGCAACAAGCAGGCUGGCUCCCCUCAGCGAGCAGAGGAGGGAACUGUGGUGGUGAAGGUUCACUACACCUACAACUUAGCUCUGUCCAUCCCUCUGGACACACCUUACCAUAAGCUGAAGGAGCGAAUCGCAGAGAAAGUGGGCCAAUCAGCAUCUCAGCUGCGGCUGAGACAUAAACAGUCUGGGUCCAGAGUUCUCUUGCCUCUGCCUGGAGAGGAGGAGUCGGGACGCACAGUUCAGGAAGUGGCAGAGGCUGGCAGAGUCACCCUGUGGUGCCAGAGGGAAGACCCCCUGGCAAACCGUACUAUCCUCUACCAGAUGGUGGCGCUGUAUGACUAUGCUGCUGAGGGCCCUGAGGACUUAGAAUUCAGUGAAGGAGACACCAUUGACAUCCUAACUGAAGUAAACCAGGAAUGGUUGGAGGGACACUGUGCAGGGAACAUCGGCAUCUUCCCGAGCUCCUUUGCCUACAAGGAGAACAAGAGCAUCACUCAAGACUGAAAGUAGAUGUUAAUCAAUGCAGUUGUCUCUAAUAAACUCAUAAACCUGUAAAUAACAGGCCCCGUGCUAACUUCAUGUUCAGUUCAAUUAUUUAUGUCUAAUAUUGUGCAACUUUCUAACUGUGGUGGCCUCUGAGGCUCACUGAGAAUCUGUACAUCUUUAAAUUAAUUAAUUCAUUAAUUAGAUUAAAUCUCAAGGUGAUCAAUAUAUGAUGAUCAUAGUUUGUCUGAAGCAAACGUGUCACAUGGUUGAUACUCUGGAAAACAGACAGGUGAGCCCACAUGUCCAUCCCUGUUAUCUAUGGGAUGGACAAAGAUAACAGGGAUCUAUGUCCAUCCCUAUAUAACCUAUAUAAACAAUAGGUUUAUAUUAAACCUAUUGUACAGUUUCCUUCAUUGAAAUUACACUACUGAAAACUCAAAUCAUUAGGUAUUUUCUCAGUUUUAAGUCAUGUGAGUCAAUGUGUUUGGAUGUUGUUGUUUUUUUUCUGAAAAAUAUUAAACUUGUCUGAGAAACUUCA